GCUCUGCUUUGACUGGAAGGGUUUCUCCGGGAAGAGUGUCAUUCACAUCCCAGCGCUCCUACGGUUACUUCCAAAGCAGACUUCUUCCCUGUAGACUGGACUUUGUCCAAGGAUUAGCAACAUAGGGAAGAGAGAGAAAGCCUGCUUGUGUGUUUGAGAGAAAGAGUUUGAGAGUUUGAGAGAAAGACAGGAGAGAAGUGUACGGGACCACAGAAGGGCAGAGCAGACAGAGAAGUGUGUGAGUCAGGGGACAGAAAGCAGCAAAUACUGAACUGACAUCCAAGGAGUUCGAGUGAAGUAAAAAACAAUUGAGAAAGCAUCUCUUUCCGGCGUCUAAUUCUUUUGAAUACACAGUCCUUUGACUUAUUUUCAGGUUUUCAUUCAGAAAACAAUCCAGAAAGUCAUGGAAGUGGAAACAUCCAGCCUGCACUUGGAGCUGCAGGAGCAGCAGCAGACCCUCACCGAGAUCUCCGACGACGAAGUCAACCUGCCACCGUCGGAUGAAGAAGACUUUGUUGCCGCCAAGGAACGUUCGUUGGUGGCGCUCGCCGUGUCCGAGGGCGACCAGGAGGAAAAGGAAGAGGAUAAAGUGGGCGCCCAGGUGAACGGCGUUAUGGUCCUGGCUCUGUUGGACAAGAUCAUUGGGGCGGUGGACCAGAUCCAACAGACACAGAGUGGCCUGGAGGCUCGGCAGCAGGACAUGGAGCGGUCAGUGACGGGAAUCCAGGGCGAGCUAACCAAACUGUCCAAGAGCCACAGCACCACGUCCAACUCAGUCAACAAGAUGCUGGAGAAGGUGCGCAAGGUGAGCGUCAAUGUGAAGACAGUGCGUGCCAACCUGGAGAAGCAAGGGGGUCAGAUCAAGAGGCUGGAGAGCAACGAGAACGAGCUGCUGAAGAGGCGCAACUUCAAAGUCAUGAUCUACCAGGAUGAGGUGAAGAUUCCCUCUAAACUGACCGUGUCAAAGUCCAUGAAGCUCUCAGAGCUGGUAGAGGGAGGAAGAGGCAGCGUGCUGGACUUGAAAGAAGGAGCCGAGGAGAACGGAGAGGAGGGAGAAGAGAAGCCCCACUUGGACCUCUCCUCUGACGAGGAGGAGCUGGAGACCGAGGACGUCAUCGAGGAGUCGCGAACCGAACGCAUCAAGCGUAGCAGCCUCCAGCGCGUACAAAACAUCAAAAGUGCCUUCUCCAAGGAGAAGAUGGGCUUGACCAAGGAGAAGAUGACCAAGACCAGGGAAAAGAUGGGCUUGACCAAGGAGAAGAUGACCUUGACCAAGGAGAAGAUGGGCUUUAACAGGCAGAAAACCAAUAAGGAGAACGUGGAGAAAAUCCCGAAGCCAAACGUCAAAGAGAAUUUCGACAAGACCAAACAACACGCCAAAGAGAACUUCGACAAGACCAAAAAAAACGCCAAAGAGAACUUCGACAAGACCAAGCAGAAGACCAAGGAGAACCUGGAGAAGACGCGCCACAACAUCGAGAAGAAGAUGGGCAAGCUGGGCACGCGCAUGAGUGUCAACCCCGAGCAGAAGGAGAAGAUGAAGGUGUCACGGCAGAAGGUGAUGAAAUCCUUUACCCCCGACCACACCGUCUACGCCCGCGACAAGACCGCCAUCUACAAGGUGCCUCCCUUCACCUUCCACGUCAAGAAGUUCCGCGAGGGGGCCAUGGAGCCCGUGGAAGUCCAGGGGACGGAGAUGGUGGAGGUAUCCCAGGACCUGAACCCUUUUCAGGGACUGGAGGAUGACUGCCACGAGGGGCGUGUGGAUCUGGACGUGGACGUGGAUAUGAUGAAUGGAGGAGGAGAGGAGGAGGGGAUGGAGGAUGAAGAGGAAGAGGAAGAGGACGAGGAGGACAGCCAUUCCCUGCAGGAGAUGCACGAGGACUCGGAGCAUGUGCUGGUGGAGCGGGAUAGGGACAGCGACUAGGUGAGGAAGUGGAGGAAGAGGAGGAAGAGGAGGAUGGUGAACGAGACAAAUUGCCUAAUCCCAAAACUGCCUACUAGAACCAAACCCCCUGAGCGCCUUAGAUCUAAAAAGGACUGGAUAGGUAGAAGCAAUACGGUAUAGCUACCUGUUGUCUUCUGCUGUAUUUCUUGCACCUGUCCAAUCCACUUUGCAAAAGUGUCUAAGGGGGAGGGGCUAGGGAUUGAUUUUGGGAUUGGGUGCUAGAGAGGCCAUGAAGAGAAGAAGAAAAGGAAGAAGAAUGAGACAACAAACAACAACAUGGGGUUGGAAGGGAAAGAAAGGGAGAGAAUGGGGUGGUAAGGAAUACAGAAUAAAGUUUCUAUGCCGUGAACAAAUUAUUACUCUGAAGGGGUGUGGCCAUAUCCCUUGGGAGCGAACAGUAUAAUAUCCCAUCAACUUCCAAAAUUAUGUUUAAGUUGAAAUGCUAACGUCACUCACAAAAGCUGUGAAUGGAAGUUAGUAAAGUGCAAAUUUAGUUAUCAUCUGUAUGUUAGAUAUUUCAGUAACACUUUAGUAACAGUCUAAGGAAAAAAGGAUAACACAGACCAUUAAAUGAUGGGAAAGUGUGGCCACUUUGGUUUUGAAAUGAUUUGUUUCUUGAAAGGUCAUCAAGCGUAAAAAGCACAAAAAUGAAAUUGAAAAUCUUCAUAAACGGUAUCGGGUUAAAUUAAAUAAAUCCACAAAUACAAAUAUAUAUAUUUUUUUAUAUCUUAAAUGACCACGUUUUCCUGAAUUUGAUUAUAUAAUCUUGAAGCCCAUUAAAAAACAGUAUGGGACUGGAUCCAGGAAGUAAGGCGAAAUGGGCAGUCACUUUCCCAUUGUAUAAGUGAUUCUAAAAUAUCGAAGCACUGCAUUAAUAUAUUCAUAAAUGCUUAUAUCAGUUUACCAACCUACAAAUAACCAAAGGUUGACAUAAAGUUUACAGUGACAUACCAUUUUUGACAUAAUAAUGAUUGAUUAUGUAGUGCUUUUGGAUAUUUUAUAAAUAAUUUAGGCCCCCGAUACGAUGAAAGUAUUACUUAAUUCUUAAUAUUAUUACCCCCCCCCCCCCCCACACACACUUUUCCUAUAGGCAUGGUGAAUAUAUUGUGAAUUUGACCAGUUCAUGUAAUUUGGGUGUAUUUUCUUGAUAAAGAUGGCAUCUUAUACCAUCACCUUUUUGUUGUUUGUGAAGAAAGAGUCUAACACAGGGGUCUGCGCUCAAAUGAAGGAUCCUAACAUCUGCAAGAAACACAAAAUGGUUGUGAGACGUUUAUGGAAUGUCACUCGUGCUGUAGGUAGACUACGCACACAUGUAUUCAUUCACUGCCUGAGUUUUAGAUAAGAAAGGACAUUCUGAUGACAUCUCAAGUCAUUAAAAGCUCUGUUAGUACGUGACAACAAAGAUAAGGAGCAAUUUUAUACGAUUUCUUCACAAUCCUGGUGGAAAAAUGUAAAUCCUGCCACUGGUGUGCUAUAUAAACCUUGUACAAUAGCAAUCAUUUGUUUUAUCAAUGUUUUAUCAAAGUUUCUUAUGUGUUGAGUUAACGGUAGACUAACCAGCCACUUACACACUCAUUUUCCCAACACUUUUUUAAUGUCUACUCUCUUUAAAAGUGUUUUGAUGAGGUUCACCACCUAGUGGCAAUGUAUGGUAUUAAACAUAGGGAAAUUUACAACGCGGCUGCGCUGACACCAGCAUCUCCUUACGAAAGCCGCUCAUCAACUAGUACUUUUCACUGAUGUAGACCCUUAAAUCCCAAUGGGCUGAUACCAAGCACUUGUUUUCCCUAACAUUUUGUAACCUGGCUGAUGCAAGUCAACUGUGCUUUGAUUCUCUUGUUGCGUUUAGAACCUAGAAUGUUUUUAAUAUCCAAUUCAACCCUUUUUAGUUUUAUUGACACAAUGUAAUCCUGACCUAAUGUGUGCAUGCUCACAGACUCACAGUCACUGACUAUUCCAACCGCACAUAAAUGCACCAUCACCGUUGCUAAUGAUCUCAUACAGACAAGUUCUCCAUUUUAUUUUAAAAACGUACAUUUUAAACUAAACAGAUAAAUAGUUGGAUUAAUUGAUCGAAGGUGAGGUGAAACAUACUUUUCCUCCAAACUGUAACAAAGGGGGAGACAGUACUCCAGUAUCAUUGAUGUCCUGGGUCUUGUUCAUUGUGGCAUAGAACAGAAAACAUUUUAAAACGGAACACGGAAAUGAACGUUUCUUAUUGGACAAGUCAAGGUAGUCCCUACCUAAAAAGUGCAUUUUCUUUCGCUUGGUGCCUAAUGAACACGGCCCAGUUUCCAAACCCAGACCUGAAUAAUCCUGUUUUUUUUUCUACCAUUCAUUUCCGUGUAUGUAAGUGUAUAUAAUGUCAAUCACUGCCAUAGCAGUGCAACUGCCUUUAUUGCAAAACCAGUGAACUUUAAUUUGCUUCCGCUGUCUCCAAACCCUCUGUGAAAAUACUUGCAUUAAGCAACAAACAGCCAUGAAUUACAUUUUAUACUUACUUUGUACACAAUGCUUAAAUAACAUUCAGCAACUAUGAUUUUAAAAAACAGUGCCUUCCCGGCUUUUAAGAGACAUUUUAAACCAACUGGGGGGACCCCACAACUAAAGUCUAUGUUUAAACCCCCCCCAUUUCUUUUUCAUGUUGGUUAAAUAAUGCAACUGGGGGGACCCCACAACUAAAGUCUAUGUUUAAACCCCCCCAUUUCUUUUUCAUGUUGGUUAAAUAAUGCAUAUGAAAUCUGUACCAUGUAAUGACUCAUUCCCUAACCACUAAUACUUUAAUAAAAGCUAAUUUGAUUCACAA